AUGAUCAUCAUGUGUUUAUGUCAUCACCACCGCAGUAUUUGUCAGCCCAGUUUUCGUUUCCUGAGGCAUUUCAAAGCUUCAAUUUCCAGUGACCCAGAAUGGGAUUUGGUGAAAAUUUUGGAUGGGGCACGAAUUUCAAACCCCAGAACCCCCUUAAUGCCCAAUAAUUUGAGCUUAACGCCGAGGUCUUCGAAUGAUGCACUUCACAAACGUAAUGCGGAGAUAACGAUUCUAGGGCGUCACGACAAGCUCGAAGAAGCAAAGAAUCUGUUUGAUGAAAUGCCUAUACGAGACGAUGUUUCGUACAAUUCCAUGAUCACCGUUUAUUUGAAGAACAGGGACCUACUUGGAGCCGAAAGAGUGUUCAAAACAAUGCUGCAAAGAAACGUUGUUGCGGAGUCCGCGAUGAUUGAUGGGUACGCUAAAGUUGGCCGCUUGGAUGAUGCUCGUAAGAUUUUCGAUAGUAUGAGUCAAAGGAAUGCAUUCUCUUGGACUAGUUUGAUUUCUGGGUAUUUCACUUAUGGAAAAAUUGACGAGGCUUUGCACUUGUUUGAUCAAAUGCCUGAGAGAAACGUGGUUUCCUGGACUGCAGUGGUUUCAGGUUUUGCUCGCAAUGGGUUGAUGGAGCAUUCUCGGAAGUAUUUUGAUCUCAUGCCUGAAAAGAAUAUCAUAGCUUGGACAGCUAUGGUCAAGGCGUAUCUUGACAAUGAAUGCUUUGCUGAGGCUUAUAAGCUCUUCCUUGAAAUGCCUGAAAGGAAUGUUCGUUCUUGGAACAUCAUGAUCUCAGGUUGUUUGAGGGUCAAUAGAGUGAAUGAGGCGAUAAGUUUGUUUGAAUCAAUGCCAUAUCGGAAUCAUGUUUCAUGGACGGCUAUGGUUUCCGGUUUGGCACAAAACAAGAUGAUUGAAGUUGCUAGGAAGUAUUUUGAUCUCAUGCCUCAUAAAGAUAUGGCUGCAUGGACUGCAAUGAUCACUGCAUGUGUUGAUGAGGGGCACAUGGAUGAAGCUCGCCUGAUUUUCAACCUGGUGCCGGAGAAGAAAGUUGGGAGUUGGAACACGAUGAUAGAUGGCUACGCAAGGAAUGGUGAUAUUGCAGAAGCCUUAUGGCUGUUUGUUUUGAUGCUAAGAUCUUGCUCUAGGCCCAAUGAAACAACUAUGACUAGCGUAGUAACUUCCUGUGAUGGCAUGGGGGAACUCAUGCAAGCUCAUGCAAUGGUCAUACGGCUUGGGUUAGAGCACAACACAUGGCUUACAAAUGCACUUAUUACGUUUUAUUCCAAAAGUGGAGAUCUUUGCUCAGCCAGGCUUGUUUUUGAGCUACUAAAGUCAAAAGAUGUAGUUUCCUGGACUGCGAUGAUAGUAGCUUAUUCAAAUCAUGGACAUGGCCACCAUGCCUUGCAGGUAUUCGCACGCAUGCUAGUAUCUGGAAUUAAGCCAGAUGGGGUCACCUUUGUGGGACUCUUAUCAGCUUGUAGCCAUGUUGGUCUUGUUAACCAAGGUAGAAGACUGUUUGACUCAAUCAAUGGUACUUAUAAUUUAAAUCCUAAGGCUGAGCACUAUUCCUGCCUUGUAGAUAUCCUAGGUAGAGCAGGACUUGUGGAUGAAGCAAUGAGUGUAGUGUCCACUAUUCCUCCUUCCGAGAGAGAUGAAGCUAUUCUUAUGGCUUUGCUUGGUGCAUGCAGGCUUCAUGGGGAUGUUGCAAUAGCAAAUUCCAUUGGUGAGAAAUUAUUAGAGCUAGAGCCAUCUUGUUCAGGGGGUUAUGUACUACUAGCCAAUACAUAUGCUGCAGAGGGUCAGUGGGAUGAAUUUGCAAGAGUUAGGAAAAGAAUGAAAGAGAGAAAUCUGAAGAAAAUUCCAGGAUAUAGUCAAAUACAGAUAAAAGGGAAAAAUCAUGUAUUUGUUGCUGGGGAAAGAUCUCAUCCCCAGAUUGAGGAAACUUACAGAUUGUUGCAACAGAAUCUUCAACAUUUGAUGAGGGAAAUGGGUUCUACACCUGAGAACUUGUUGCUAGUGGAUUAG